CCUUGCAGACAGCUGCUUUUAGAAUGGCACAAUCCAAGGCAGAGAAAAAAUUUACAUUGUAUUAUUUUCCCACUUCAUAUUCUUCUCAAAAGGUACUGCUUGCUUUAUUUGAGAAAGAGCUAACGUUCACCCCACGUCUUGUAAGUUUGUUUUCUGGACAACACAAUCAACCAUGGUAUGUCAAACUAAAUCCAGAGGGGGCACAUGUUCCUGUUCUCAAAGAUGAGGCAGCAGACAUGAUCAUCAAUGAGCCUGAAAACAUUAUGGAAUAUGUGGACAAAUCCUCAGAAAAUGGUGAGACAUUAUUUCCUGAUGAAUCUUCAGAACUUGGAAAACAGGUUAGACAGCUUUGUAAGCGGUUGGAUAUGGUGGAAAUGGACAUUAUAACCUAUGGUAUUAUUUAUCAUCCACAUCUGUCCGAGGCAGGGUGUCAGAUUUCAGGGGCGGAGCAAAGGAGUAUGAGGGAGAAUUUUGCAAAUCGACUGAGUUACUUAACAGAGCUAGCAGCAGCUCAUCCUGCACUAAGGGACAGCUACCUCACAAAAAGCCAAAUUGCAGCUCAAAAAUUUGACACCAUAACAGAUGAAGCCAAAGUUAAAGGUCACCUAGAGGCUCUUAAGCGUCUUAUGAAAGAUAUCGAACAACAGCUGAAAGAUCUGAAAGAGAAGAAUGGAGAUGUGGCAGAUGUACUAUGGUUGUUUGGACCAAUGUUUACGUCUGCCGAUAUCCACCUAACGGUUUUGUUAAACCGCUUGACUUUGCUAGGCAUGGACAAAUAUUAUUUCCCACCAGACCAGUGCCCUCACAUUGACAGUUAUUUCUCACAGGUGAAGAAGCGUCCCACUUAUAUACGACUGGAGAAAGAAAUCUCAACUUUGAGACUCACUUUACUUUGGGAAAACCUCAAAGCCUGGUCGCCUUUCUUAGCAGGGGCUGCUGGGAUAGGCGUAGUUGCGGGAGGAGCCUAUCUAGUUUAUAAAAAAAAUAAAUGAGGUAGACUUUAGGGACUUUCGAAUGAACAUUGUUGUAAUAUGGUAUUGUAGAGAAAAAAAGAGUGUAGCACAAGUCCAUAGAAGGGUUUAAAUGUAUGACUCGCUUUUACUGUGGAUUUUUUCCUUAAUAUUCACCAGAUCUUUCAGUUUAAAAAUUUUGCAUUUAAAUCUUAAUUGACAUGUUGGUCCAUUUUUUGAUGAAUUUUUAAUGUCUAUCAGUGCAAUUUUAAUAUUAUUUUAUAGUUUUGGUGCUUCCAUUGAACCUUUUUCUGUCAUGUUCAUUUUUUGGAAGUGUUUAUGUUGAAAUCAGUCGUGGUGUUCAAGAUGUAGAGUAAUGUUUGAGACAUGUUUUACCAUUUUAUAUAUUUUAACUGAAACCAGUCCAUUUUAGAACUGACUUUUUGAAAGGUCGAUAUACGUAUGUUGUGAAUAAUUUAUAAAGAUAAUGGAUAAUCAUGGUGUUUUUUAAGGGUGGAGUAAGGGGAUAGUGUUAUGUACUGUUGGAACAAACAUUAACCAUUUAAUUGUUAACAAGAUUAUUAUUGGCAUUAUUUCCAGUAUUUUUCAAGGUAUGUCUAAGUACAUACUACAUAGCUGAUGGAAUAAUCAGCUAAUGGGUCUGGUCAAAUCCCACAUAUUACAGAUAUCCUAGUCAUAAUUAAAAGUGUCUCUCUUCAGUCUAUUCAAUCGGAGAUUUUAGACUUCUUGAUUCUCUUGGCACUUACUUAUUGCAACAAAUAGUAUUACGUGUAGUAGUAUAUAAUUAUGAACAAGGUGAACUACUAGUAUACAUAAACAGUUUUAAGGCUGAAAUGUAGCCUCAAUUUUGAUUUUAUAGAUUUAUUUUUGUCUUUCUUGCUCUGUCACCACCCCCUCCCACCCUCCCACUUUCAAAAUUCCCUCUUUUCAAAAUUGUUUGCUUUUAAAGAAAUUUGAUUUUUAUCGUUGAUGGAGUGUAAAUGUUAAAAUGGCUAUUGCGUAAUAUAAGAUAUUAUUUAAAUUAAUUAUAAAAAAUACAGGUAUUCAUUUUGGAUACCAUCAUCUUCUCAAGUCAAGAGUUUAAGUUCUGAUCAAACCCUUGUGAGGAGAGAAGCUGAUCAGAAACUUGUAACUUGGGAAAAUGGAUUACCAUAUAGAUGGAGAUUUCUCUGUAAUAUUGCAGUACUGCACUAGGGCUUUUAAUUUAUGCCUUAAAAUCUUUCUACAGUAAUCCAGGUAUGGGAUACUAAAUAUUGUUCUUAAUUCUAAUGCAACCAAAAAGGUAAAAUGAUGCACUUGAGCCAUUCAAAGUAACUGUAGGCAUUAGAUUUGCAGGAAAAUUGUAUGGUCUAUUUACAGGUUGUGUUUACAUUCUGAGCAUACCUAUAGUAUUGAUAUUUUACACACAAAUACUAUUUACUGUUACUUACAUUGUACAUUUAUAUAGUAUUGUAUUUAUAACUGAUCUUUUCAAACAGUUGUAGCAUGCAACGAGAUUCUGUUCCAUUUUCAAACUGCUGAUUUACGAAAGUUUUAGAGACUGACAAUGACUGUAGGAGAGUACUGUGUAUUAUUCCUCUCCUUUUUUUUGUCGUUGCUUUUUUGUUUCAGUUUUUGUGAUGUAUUGUGAUAGUUAUUGUUAUAACAGAAUAAACUUACAAGUUCAA